AUGAGUCUAAGACACUCAUUCAAGGACGACCCUCAACAGAUGGCCGCUCUUCACAGGGAUGCCCUGAUGAGAUAUCUACGACAGGCACCCACACAAGAUGUCGAUGAAGCGCUGAGGGCUCUGGCCGCAAACGCUGAGCCUGAGCCGGAGCCGCUAUCGAGCGGGACCGAACCACUACAUCUGCUGGUAGUACUGGGUGUACCUCCGAGGCCUGAUGGGCAGCUCACCGAAGGUUUACGGGCCCGAGUGAAUAAAGCCUUUGAGCUCGCUCAUAAAUAUCCAGCCGCCAAGAUCGUCGUGACAGGCGGUGCGGUGGCCAACCGUUACGCGGAAGCAGAGGUGAUGCAGCGUGAGCUCAUCGCAUGGGGCGUGGACCCUAGACGUAUCUUGGUGGAGAACCGAGCCCGAAUAACCCUCGAUAACGCCGCGUACACCCUAGCUCUCCUGAAGCGAGACUGGCCCGAUUUCUGCCGUGGAAGCGGAGCAGAAGGAGGACGACCACCCGCCCGGCUGACCGUCGUGUCAGAGCCGUAUCAUGGCGUACGCUCGUUGAGACAUUUUGCCGCAGCUCUCAAGAUUUUCAAUGUCCACGUCGAGCUCCGUUAUGCACCCGCGCGGGGAGGUAGCCAAGCCAUGUUAUCAGACAUGCACAAGCCUCUGCGGCUAGGAGAUACAUGGCUGCCCAGACCCAUGCAAGCCCACUUGGAGCGGACUAUCGAGGAGCAGCGGCGCAUCGUCUGCGGGUGGUGA